AUGAAGCCUGAAGCAAUGAGAAUCAUCAAUGCAUUUGGGCUCAAACCGAUACACAUUGCUACUAUUCGCGGCCAAAAGGGCAAUGUUUCCAUGCUUGUGAACGCAGGCACAAACGUGAAUGAGCAAACAAGGCAUGGCAUAACACCACUCAUGUUGGGUGCAUUGUUUGGGCAUAUUGACAUAGUGGCCCUGCUCAUCAAGAAUGGGGCUGAACGGUCGAUCCAGGACGCUGAACAAAGAACAGCGAAAGAGUUCAAACCUAGUCAGGACACACUGGAACGCUUUCGAAAGGAUAUCCAAGAAGCUUCAAGGACGCUGUUAUUCAGCGGAGGUGGUGCGUUGCCGGAAAAGAAUCCGGAAAAUAUUACGACGGUGCGAUACUUUCAAAGGGUUCCUGGAAGGUGCUUCGCAGCCACACGGGACGUCAUGCUUCUCUGUGUCCCCAAAAGGAGAAGUGACAUUGUGGAAAAAGGUUGUUUCGGUCCACAAUGGAUCUGGCCGACAGGAUACAACGCCAGCAAUCAUUGUGCGGGCGGACAAGAAAGCCAUACUCCAAUGGGCGUUCUCGGGUUGGACCACCGGCAGCAUCGGUCACCAUACUGUCAAUAG